CUCUUAUGAAUUUCAGCCGUCGAUUCACACCACCACCACCGCCACCACCGGGCCCGAAAGAGGCGAAAACAGAGAUAUUACAGAUGCUGGUGCAUGGAUGUGGUUCUAUCUUUUCCGAGAACUGAUUUGCUUGGCAUGCAACUUCUUGAUUGUUGAUUUAAUUCGGCGUUGCAUUGGCGGAGUCCGAAAUGGCGCAGUUGAUGAUCGGAAACAGGUGUGGUUUUAUAUUGUUGUUCACGUCGCACUUUGCUUUAAUUGAGUAUCAUGAUCGAUCCUUCACUUUUCGAGUCAUUGCUUUUCUUCCUGUUGUCUGGCUUUUGCUUGUUGCUUUGACGAAGCCCAUUACUAUGUACGCAUUUGUAAGAAUAGACGCUUUGGACCGGGAUGGUCUCUUCCUAAUUUUCUUUUUCUUUUUCUGGAGAAUAGCGUUUAGAUUUCUUAUGCAAAAUAUUACGAUCAAGUCUAAAAUCAAUGGUUCAACAGUAUCGACCAAGUACUACUCUGUACAAGGUGAACUCAAGAGUUGCAACGGAGUAGAGAACCCGGUUCAACGAGGAUUACUGAAUCGAGAUCCUUCGAAGUGCUUUCCUCUUGUCCUGUUGAAAUGGGUAGUUCCAUACCGCCUCCCAAUUCCUUCGACUCCUACAUAGAACUAGUAUUCCUUCUAUGGAGUUUACCUCAUUGAGAG